CCCACAGGGAAUUUGUGCUCUUCGUGAUUUAAUCACAAGAGAAGGGACCGACCUGUUGUUCCUGUAGGAGACGACGCUUUCGGCGCGAGGUAUGGAAGCUUGUAAAUUUAAAUUGGGUUUUACGAAUUGUUUCUCUGUUGAUCUAGUUGGUUGUAGCGGUGGUUUGAGCUUGGUGUGGAAUUCUGAUUUGGAUAUUGAGCUUAAAUCUUUUUCGAGAUAUCAUAUUGAUGUCCAUGUUAAAGUUGAAGAUCUACGGGUGUGGCGUUUUACGGGUAUGUAUGGCAAUCCGGAGGCUUCCAAUAGAGUCUCUACUUGGAAUCUCAUUAGAACCCUUAAUUCUAUUGAACAAAUUCCUUGGCUCUUAGGGAGAGAUUUUAAUGAAGUUCUGCAUUUGCAUGAAAAGGGGGUUGACAACCAUGAUCUGCCACUCAGAUUGGGGCUUUUCGGGAGGUGUUAACUGAUUGUAAUUUGUGAGAUUUGGGAUUUAGAUGGCUAAAAUUUACCUGGUGGAAUGGCAGGGAAGGCGCUGAUAAUAUUUCGAAGCGUCUUGAUAGGUAUAUGGAGAAUUCUCCUUUCUGUUGUUUAUUUCCGCACGCGGUGGUUUUACAUGGAACUGUGGCAUAUUCAGAUCAUUUGCCUGUUAUAUUCGAUUCUUUAUACAGUAGGCCUCGGCCACAUGUUAAGCAACACUUUCGUUUUGAAGCCAUGUGGGUGAGUGAGGAGAGGUGCGAACAAAUUAUUGACCAAGUUUGGAGUCACAAGGGUACUAGUCUUGGGAUGGAGGAGGUUCUUCACCUUCUUAAGGGUUGUGGGGAAGAGUUGGCUAGCUGGAAUAAAGUCUCUUUUGGUCAGGUUCGAAGGAAAUUAAAUGAAGCCCGUAAUGAGCUUGUGAGGUUGCAGAUUAUUAAUUCUUGUCAUCCAGAUCCUGGUGGGAUUAGUCGGGAUAGAAACGAAGUUCAGCUGUGGCUUGAAAGAGAAGAGAUUAUGUGGCGUCAACGAUCUUGUGUGCAAUGGUUAAAAGAAGGGGAUCAAAACACCCGCUAUUUUCACUCUAAGGCAUCAUUCAGGAAGAGAAGGAAUGUUAUUAGGAGUUUUAAGGAUGAUGGUGGAUUAUGGUAUGAGGAUGGACAACGAGAUAACCUAAUUGUUGAUUAUUUCAAAAAUUUAUUUACUACUUCAGCACCACGGGAUCAGGAGGCUGUUUUGAGUCUUGUUGAUAGAAAAGUAACGGCUGAAAUGAAUGUUGAGCUCACAAAGCCAUUUGUAGUAGCGGAAGUAAAAGCAACUUUGGAUCAAAUGCACCCCCACCAAAGCGUUGGGGCCUGAAGGCAUGUCUGCUUUGUUUUUUCAAUCCUAUUGGCACAUUGUAGGCGAUUCUAUCACAACUGCUGUUUUGGACUCGCUUCAUACUGUUUUAAUUAAUGGGAGUGCUCAGGGAUCCAUUGUGCCUACAAGGGGGAUUAGACAAGGGGAUCCACUCUCCCCUUACAUUUUCCUCUUCUGCGCUGAAGGGUUAAUAGCAUUAUUGCGAGAAGCUGAAUUAAAGAGGCAGCUGGUUGGUGUUAAAGUAUGUCGGGGGGCACCAAUGGU